AUAACUAAAAGUGCUGUGCAGAUCAGAUUUAUUGACUGUUUUUUGACACCUUGAGGAGGUGUAGUGAAAGCCGUUGAGCCGUUGAGCAGACUCGUGGAAUCGCAGCAAAUUGGCGCCACUUGUUGUCAGCAUGUCCAGCCACGAGGAGGAUGACCAUGAGCAUGAGCACGAGCACGGCGACGAUGUCGAGGAGCAAGAGAUACAUGUGGACGUUGACUCCGAUUCGCGGAUGUCAUGCGGCAGCGGCUCCGAUGUGGAUAUGGAUAAUGGCAGCUGUUACGAUGAGUCGGAAACGCCAUUGAGUGAGUCGCUGCAGUCGGAGCAGACGCGAUCCUCGUCCAGCGAGAACCUUCCCUUCAGCAUAUCACGCCUGCUAUCCAAACCCUUCGAGACGAACAACAACCACAGCAUCAGCCUCAGCCUCAGUCACAGCCACCAGCACAGCAGCAGCCCCGGCUCCAGCAGCAACAAUAACAACAACAAUAACAACAACAAUCAUGGGGAGAAGGGCGAGGAGAAGGAGCUACUCCAGGUGGAGGACCAUGAGCUGGCGGCCUACAAGCUGGCCACCAGCAUCGCCAACUCCACGUACGGAAGUGCCGCGGCCCUCUACUCAUAUCCCCAUCUGUAUCCAUCGGCAGCGGCAGCAGCCGCCGGCCAUGUGCUACGUGUGCCGCCCCAGAGGACGCCACUGACGUGGGCCCUGCCACCGCUGCACCAUGCGGCGUUGGCCCAUCAGGCGGUCAAGGAUCGACUGGCAGCUGCCUUCCCCAUUGCCCGACGGAUUGGACAUCCCUACCAGAAUCGCACGCCACCAAAGCGGAAAAAGCCACGCACAUCCUUCACGCGCAUCCAGGUGGCCGAGCUGGAGAAGCGCUUCCACAAGCAAAAGUAUCUGGCCUCCGCGGAGCGAGCGGCUCUGGCGCGGGGCCUCAAGAUGACCGAUGCUCAGGUGAAGACGUGGUUCCAGAAUCGACGCACCAAAUGGAGACGCCAGACAGCCGAAGAACGCGAGGCUGAGCGGCAGGCUGCCAAUCGCCUGAUGCUUUCGCUGCAGGCGGAGGCCAUUAGCAAGGGCUUUGCCCCACCGUCGGCUCCACUGAGCUCCCAGGGCGGCAUCAAUGGCGCGCCCCUGGCAGCGUUGCACGGCCUGCAGCCGUGGGCAGAGGCAUCGCAUGCGGCGGGCUGCUAA